UUGUUUAAUAUUGCCUUGGAUUCAAAGUCAUAAAAGAGGCUAAUUCAGCUUAAUCCCUUUUUUCUCUUUCCUCUGUAAUGUCGCUCACGAAAAUUUCAUUUCAAUCCUCCUCCUGAUGUAAAUUUGUCUCUCAUUUACUGCUAUAUACUCAUCACACUUCUCUUAAUCUCUCUUUUAUCACUCUGAAUUCCUCCUCUUUUUAUCACUCUGAAUUUCUGAGUUUUUCAUCAAUAGAGAUUACAAGAAGAAGAAUAAAGUUUCAGAUUUUGCCCCCUUUUUAGUAGGUGGUUGGUUCUGCAGGGUUAAUGCAGCAAAGGACAACUAUGAGCUGGAGAAGAGUCGCUAAAUCUGCUCAGGCUCUAGCUGCUCACACUUUUCUCUUUUGUUUCACGAUUUUACUCCUGCUCAAACUUGAUCAUGUCGUUUCUUACUCUUGGUGGAUGAUUUUUUCCCCACUCUGGCUAUUUCAUGCAGUUGUUGCACGAGGGAGAUUCUCUUUACCAGCUCCAGCUAUACCGCAUGAUCGCCACUGGGCACCUUGUCAUGCCAUUGUCGCAACACCAUUGCUUCUUGCCUUCGAGCUGCUCCUUUGUGUGUAUCUGGACAGCAUAUAUGUGCAAGGUUAUGCAGCUCUAAAUUUGAAGAUCGUUUUUCUUCCACUGCUGGCUUUUGAGAUGAUUAUUUUGAUUGACAAUUUCAGGAUGUGCAGGGCUCUUAUGCCUGGAGAUGAAGAAGGGAUGAACGAUGAUGCGAUAUGGGAGAUGCUUCCGCAUUUUUGGGUUGCGAUCUCUAUGGUUUUCUUAGUUGCUGCGACGACAUUUACACUUCUUAAGCUGUCCGGUGAUGUAGGUGCCCUAGGUUGGUGGGAUUUAUUUAUAAACUUUGGCAUCGCAGAAUGCUUUGCUUUUCUUGUUUGCACAAAAUGGACGAACCCAAUGAUCCAUAGAAAUAAUCACACUCGAGAAGCAAGUUCUUCCUCCAACGCUGUUAGAUAUCCCGACUCAAGCAGUAGUUUAGUGGUUUCUUCCGAGGAAGAGCAGUUCCAGGAAAGAAUGUGUACCCUUCAAGAUAUCGGCGGUCAUAUUAUGAAAAUUCCAUUAAUUUGUUUUCAAGUCCUUCUUUUCAUGCAUUUAGAGGGAACACCACCUGGGGCUCGGCAUAUGCCACUUCCACUUAUUUUCUCUCCACUCUUCUUGCUUCAAGGGGCUGGAGUCAUUUUUUCAAUCUUAAGUUUAGUGGAGAGGGUUGUUCUUUUACUUCGUAGUGGAGUAAAUACAAGUACAACAAGAUAUUUUAGAAUUUCUUCAAGGGCUCGUGAUUGCUUUGGAUUUAUUCGCCGUGGUUCUAGGCUGCUGGGUUGGUGGUCAAUUGAUGAAGGAAGUCGAGAAGAACACGCUCGUCUUUACCAGUGUGGGACUGCUGAUGCCGGAUAUAACACCUUUUGUAAAUACCCGCCCGAGAUAGUGAAGAAAAUGCCUAAAAAGGAUCUUGCUGAAGAGGUUUGGAGACUACAAGCUGCUCUUGGGGAGCAAGCAGAAAUCACAAAAUAUAGCCAGCAGGAGUUUGAGAGACUUCAAAAUGAAAAAGUCUUGUGCAGGAUAUGCUUCGUGGCGGACAUAAAUGUGGUCUUACUUCCUUGCAGGCAUCGCAUCCUUUGCUGUGCUUGCUCCGACAAAUGUAAGAAAUGCCCGGUGUGCAGAGUCCCAAUUGACGAGCGCAUGUCUGUAUAUGAUGUAUAAAUAUAUUAUCCGACACAUUGCCGAAAAGCUUUUAUAUUAAAUGCAUUCCAAAGCAAAAAGUUCAAGAAUGGCGGGUGCCUCAAGCGUGUAAUUUACAUGUACAGGAUUGAUGAUAACUGGUACAAAAAAGAAACAUACAAGGGUGAGGGAAUUUGGGGCUUUUUUCUUUGGCAAAUUUGAAACUUUUUUGUUGUAGUGCAAGCAUUAGGCAGUUGCAGGGAUGUUAACAUGCAGUUUCUCUCUAUAAUCAAACUUGUAAAUAGUGAACUGCAAGCAUGGUAACAAAAGUUUGUCUGUUUUUCUAGGUCUCGCAGGUUGUAACAUUAAAAGUUGCUGGAUUGUGCUAUAAAUAUAUUAACGGUUGAUUUUUGAGCC